AUGAUGGUCUCUCCGCCAGCAUCGGUGACCACAACGCCCCCCAUGGUUAAUUCAGUAACUGCUUCUCAUUAUAUCGACGAAGAUCAAGAGUCAAAGUCUGAUCUGGAGCAAGACCGGGCAUACUACACCGCAUAUGGGCGGUUUGUCGGACAGGUCGCCGCUGCCAUAGACACAAGGGCAGGACUCAUCCCUACCACCUGUCAAGUCCCACUGGUAGAUGCGCCUCUUUUUGGGGAUCUCGACCUUCAUUCUCAAUCCUGUCUCUUGUCUUCGACCGAAUUGCCUCCCCGAGUAUAUGCCGAUCAGCUGAUUGACAUAUACUGGCGACACGUUGACCCUGUGGAGCCAGUAUUAGAUCGCCAGCGUUUUCUUGAAAAUUACGAAAAAGCAUAUUCAGCACCCAUAACGUCGCUCUUUGCAGACUACGACCUCUUGCUCGGUAUACUCAAUCUAGUGUUUGCCCUGGCAGUUCAAAGAUAUGAACAAAACUCACUGCACCGGAGAAACGCAGAAGGAAACUGGUUUUUUCAGCGCGCAUGGGCCCUGCUUCCAGCUGAGUCUAUGUUAUGGAAGCCAGGGUCACUAGAGCUUGUACAGUGCCUGAUGUUGAUGAAUAGAUACCUGCACUGCACCAAUAAUCAACAGAAGACAUGGAUGACAGCGGGAUUGGCGAUGCGAAUUGCGCAGAGUAUGUGCUGCCACCUCGCCGAGGCACCUUUAGUAAAGGAUUCCAGUGAAGACAAAGCCCUGAAACGGAAAGUAUGGGCUAGCUGUGUUGCGCUCGACCGUCUCGCAGCCAGGUUCCGCCCUCCACUCCUGUCUCAGCAAGACGAGUACCACAGCGCGGCAUUGCAACUAGAUGCAUGCCUCCAAAAUUGGGAAAACAGUCUUCCCAGUGAUUGGCAGUCGCAGAACCUCAAAAUGAUCGCCGACAGGUCAUCCCGAGCUGAGCGAUAUUUACUUCAUCUUCGCUACCUCCAUCACCGAAUAUUUCUCUACAGACCCAUGCUCGCCCGCUUCUACUCAAUGAAACCAGACAUCCACUCGCUCAAAUCACCAAGCCUAAGCCACCGACUCCUCCGUGAAAGCGCCAGCAUGUGCAUUGAAGCUGCGCAGCAGGUGGCUUUAUUAGUUAUCGAGUCACUCGAGCUAGAUGAGCCCAUCGGACUCCUGCCGUGGUGGUACAGAAUAUACUACCUUCACAUCGCGGGUUCCAACUUCCUCGCAGCCAUGUUUCGAUCGGAACUGUUCACAGACUCUGUUUCUCAAUCUUGGAAAGAUGUGCUGAUGGCGCUCCGCGCUCAUGAACACUUGAGUCCCUAUGUUCAGCAGUGUGUGUGGACAUUUGAGACCCUCGCAGCUAGGAUUACGGGCAAGUCCCCCAGUCUGGAUGGUAUUGGGUGUGGUUUGAUAGCGGAUGGGCCUGCGGGUGCUUGUUUUGAUGAUAUUUUCAAGGAUGUGAACUUUGACUUUGACAGUUUUAUAUUUGGUCCUGAGGACUUCGGAGAAGGCUUGGUUUAG